AUGAAUCCCAUCAAAUAUGAUCCCAUGCACCAAACGGCCAUUCAAUUCAACCCACCCAAAACACAGCAAUUAAACCUUUCUCAACGUGGGCUAUUCACCCGAGGAAAAAUAGCCUCACUCGGGCUGUACUGCCCGGAAAAUUCCCCGGUGCUAUUAUGGAACUGCAUACAGAUCGUCCAAACCAAUCGGGCCGGGCCCAUAAAGAUCCCCUGGCCCACCAACCUGGCCCAUCAACCCCACAGCCUCCUCUUCCUGACCCGACUGCUGUUGGGCCCACGGAUGCCUCGUGAACCUCCUCAACCCCUCGAGCUCCAUUGCCACCUCCUUCAUCGUCGGUCGAUCCUCCGAGCUCAACCGCAAGCACCCCAUCACGAGCUCGGCGGCCGCCUGCAGUUGCUCGAGCGGGCCUUCUCUCACGACCCGCGGCUCGAGCACUUGGAAGAGUCGGUUCUCCUUCACGGCCAUGAUGAAGUGGGUCGUGAGGUUCCGCUCCUCCUGGGCUCGGCCCAUAUCGAUGGGCUUUCGGCCCGUGAGGAGCUCGGCCAGCACGACCCCGAAGCUGUAGACGUCGCUCUUCUCGGUGAGUUGGCUCGUCCGGAAGUAUUCUGGGUCGAGGUAGCCGAGCGUGCCCUGGACCAGAGUCGUGACCUCCGUCUGGUCCAGGUUGAUGAGUCGGGAGGCCCCGAAAUCGGAUAUUUUGGCCGUAUAGUGCUCGUCGAGAAGGAUGUUGGCCGACUUCACGUCCCUCCAGGCAGCUGGUCCCGGGCCGUGGAUUUGCUCAUAGAGCGUACCGUGCGAGACGAAUUCGUACACGAGCAGAGGCACCUCGGAUUCCAGGCAGCACCCGAGGAGUUUGACCACGUUCCGGUGGUUGACUUGGGUGAGUAUCACGACUUCGUUGAUGAACUGUUCGAUUUGGCUCUCGUCCAUUACUUGAGACUUCUUGAUGGCCACCACGCGCUUGUCUCGGAGAAUACCUUUAUACACCGUACCGUAGCCACCGCGGCCUAA